AUGGCGUGGCUCAACAUUCCUUUCCGUGUAGUUAUGUACUUUAUUUGCGUUGUACUUAUUGCGGUGAGCAUCACACUCUCGCCGGCUUUAUGGGAGUGUACGAUUGAAAGACUUGCCGUUGAAAAUGUAUCUGCGCGUAAUGAACAACUGCGCUACCUACGACUUACAUUUCACAACUUAUGGGAUACUAUGAUGACAAUGAAUAAACUCAGCUCAUUCAGAGACAACCAUGUCAAUGAGGACUAA